AAAACCGGAAGCUCCCCUUUCCUCCGGUAACGUAGCAACCAGUGUGUUAGGAUAAGCGUUCCACCCUGAAAGGAGACUUUUAACAACUUGGCGGCUUCUUCUGAGUCAAAAUGUUCAACGUUGAGUUGAUUUCUGAGCGCGUCGCCAGAGAGAAUCUGGAGAGGCGCCGUGAGAGAGAGGCGAGAAGGCAGGAGAGGAUCUUUGACCACAAAGUCAGGACUAUUGGGGUGGAUAAAGACGCCUUGGAUCUGCAGCUGCAAGAGAAGAAGAGACGAGAAGAAGCAGCAAAGAGAGAAGAAAACGCUCACGAUGCUGAUGUGCAUCAGUACAACAAAGCAGCGUUGCUGAUCCAGAGAAGACGAGAGAAGGAGAAGCGUAUGAUGCAGAAGGCCACGGCUCAUUUCUGCCGUCAGAACCAGACGUUUGAUCCGAACGACCCGGACGGCUCAGAGAAAGCUGAAGACCAGAUGAUGCUCCCCGGCCUGGUGGGCGAGGAGCCGGACAGAAAGAACCGUCUGCAGAGGCAGAGGGAGCAGCUCAGAGAUUGGCUCAUCCAGCAGCAGGACGAGCUGGAGGAGGACCAGCACCAGCAGAAGAUGGAGGAGCUGCACUACGACCAGAGCCGAGAAGAAAUGGAUAAGAAAACCCUAGAACUGGAGAAGCUUGAGAUGGAGAGGAGAAAAGCAGCCAGCAUGGCCACUACCAACUAUAACCUCGCCAAGAUUGAGGAACAGCGGCGUCAGGAGAAGGAGCGCGGUGAUGAAGGCGUCACACAGAGCGCCGUGGGAGUCCCUGGUCUGUGUCGCAGCAGAGACAGGAGAGCUCCUCCUGAGACCCUGCAGCAGGUCCUUCAGUUCCAGCGAGACCAAGUGGAGGAGAAGAAGAGGAUGGAGCUAGAGAAGAAGAGAGAGGAGGAGCACUACCAUCGUCUGCAGCUGGACUCGGCUCGUAAAGCUCUGCUGAUGGACCGGCAGCAGGCCCGGCUGGAGAAGCAGCUGAGGAGACAUCUGGACAGCAUCAACGUCCAGCUGGCCCAGACACACGUGCAAGAGAGGCCCGACCUUAACGGAGGACACGCUGAAGACGGCUUCUUCUCCAAGUUCAACACCUGCAGCAGAUGAUGGAGAAACGCUGCAGAGAAAAGCAACAGCGCCGCUGCAGGACGC